AUGGAGGGGCUUGGGGGAGCCCCCAGGUUCCUGGCCUACCCUCGCGCCUUCACGGUGCAAAGCGGCGCCGACGCCGUCCUGAAGUGCCAGAUCACGGGCGAGCCCCGUCCGAGCAUCCUCUGGGAGAAGGACAAGACCCCCAUCGAGCCCUCGGGCCGCUUCCAAGUGGAGGCCGAGGGGAACGUGUACAGCCUGCUGGUGUCCCGGGUCACCCCCCAGGACAGCGGCCUCUACGUCUGCAAGGCCAAGAACAGCGUUGGUGAGACCUACGCCGCGGCCACGCUCAAAGUGGAGGCGGGGGAGUCAUGGCAGGAGGAGGAGGAGGAGGAGGAAGGAUGCCCGGGCAGCCAGGCACCCACCUUCCUGGUCGGGCCCUCGUCCCUGCGGGUGUGCCGGGGGGAGGACGUGACCUUCUCCUGCCGGGUAUCCGGGCAGCCCUGCCCGCUGCUGGAGUGGGAGAAGGACGGGCACAAGCUCGGCGACCUCUUCGAGAGCAGCCACUUCGCGGUGGGGCAGGCGCCGGAGGACUGGCACUUCCUCAAGCUGUUCGGCGCCCGGCCCCCGGACGCGGGGGUCUAUGUGUGCCGGGCACGCAGCGGCUCCCGGGAGGCCCUGGCCGCGGCCGUGCUCCUGGUGGAGCCGCGGGCGAUGGAUGGGACCCCCGGCAGCUCCCCGGCACCGGUGCCCAACGGGGUGCCGGGGGCCAAGGCGUUCGCCGUGAGCGCGGGGAAGCACGCCAAGUUUCGCUGCUAUGUCACCGGCAAGCCCAAGCCGGAGAUCGUCUGGCAGAAGGACGGCAAGCCCCUGGCGCCGAGCCGCCGGCACCUCAUCUACGAGGACCGGGAGGGCUACUUCAUCCUGAAGGUGCUGUACUGCAAGCCCCAGGACCAGGGGCUGUACGUCUGCACCGCCUCCAACACGGCCGGGCAGACCCUCAGCGCCGUGCAGCUCCAGGUGAAGGAGCACCGGGUGAGGUUCCAGGUGCAGCUGGAGGACGUGGAGGUGGCGGAGCGGGAGGACGCGGUGCUGGAGUGCCACGUGCCGCUGGAGACCAUCCCCACCGCCUGGUUCCUGGAGGACCGGGAGCUGCAGCCCAGCCACAAGUACGUGAUGGAGGACCACGGCGUGGUGCGGCGCCUGACCAUCCGCGACGCCCGCACCGACGACGACGGCGUCUACCUCUGCCAGAUGAAGGACAAGGGGCGCAGCAUCGCAGAGGUCUCCGUCCGAGGGGUGAUUGUGAAGAGGCUGCCGCGGAAGCUGGACGUGAUGGAGGGGGAGAACGCGGCUUUCUGCGUGGAGACGCGGGAGGCCGUGGAGGGGAUCUGCUGGAGCCACAACGGGCUGCAGCUGCACGAGUCGCCCCGCAUCGUGCUGAAGAGCUUUGGCAGGACGCACCUCCUGGUGCUGGUGCACGUCACCCGCGAGGACGCGGGCGUCAUCUCCUUCACCAUCGGGGAGUCGCAGACGUCCUCCCAGCUCCGGGUCAAGUGUGUGAAGCGGGACCCCCCCAGCGCGCCGGUGGCGGCCCAGAUGAGCACGGAGCAGAGCAACGCGGCCCUGCUGACGUGGUGCCCCGCGCCCGACGUGCACCACCGCCCGCCCAGCACCUACGUCCUGGAGCGUCGGGAGGCGGCGGGCGGCGAGUGGGUGCAGUGCCUCACCACCGACCUGGCCGGCCGGGUGCAGGUGCUGGGCGACAGCGUGCCCCGCGAGGCCGACUACUGCUUCCGCGUCUGCGCCGUCAACAAGCACGGCCGCAGCGGCCCCGUGGAGUUCCCCGGAUCCGUGCAUCUCGCCCCCGCGGCUCGCCUGGAGAGGGGCUUGCAGGACGCGUGGGUGCGGGACGGCGAGGACGCGCGCUUCUCCCUGGAGCUGUCGGCCUCGGUGCAGGGCACCUGGUUCCUGAACGGUGCGAGGCUGGGGGAUGAGGAGGGUGGCCGGUACGGCGUGCAGCACUGCAGGACGGAGCACUCGCUGCUGAUCCGGGGAGCGCAGCUGGCCGAGAGCGGUGCCACGGUCACCUUCAUGGCUGGCGGUGUGCGAGACUCGGCCACGCUGCACGUGCAAGCCCCGCCGGCCCGCAUCGCCCCGGUGCCCGAAGCCCAGCGGCUCCGGGAGCUGCCGUCGGGGCUGCCGGUGCUGCUGGAGUGCGAGGUGUCCCCGGAGGGAGCCCCCGUCUGCUGGCUGAAGGACGGCGAGGCCGUGCCCCUGGACGGCGUUAUCGCCAUGCAGGCGGAGGGCUGCGUGCGGAGGCUGCUCAUCCGCUCAGGCCACCCCCGCGGACGCCGGUACCUACACCUGCGACACCGGGGACGACGCCAGGCGCCGGUGAGGAUCGUCAGCUCCAACGAGGGGGCCCCCCACGCCUACACGGCCGGGCAGCGCGUGGAGCUGUGGUGCCAGCUGUCCCGCGCCGAGGCCCCGGUGUGCUGGUACAAGGACGGGGAGGAGGUGGAGGCGGGCGAGAGCCUGGUGCUGGAGCGCGAGGGGCCGCGGUGCCGGCUGGUGCUGCCCUGCGCCCGGCCGCAGGACGCGGGAGAGUUCGUCUGCGACGUGGGCGGCGACUCCGUCUUCUACAACAUCACCGUGGCAGAGGCGCCGGUGAGGAUCGUCAGCUCCAACGAGGGGGCCCCCCACGCCUACACGGCCGGGCAGCGCGUGGAGCUGUGGUGCCAGCUGUCCCGCGCCGAGGCCCCGGUGUGCUGGUACAAGGACGGGGAGGAGGUGGAGGCGGGCGAGAGCCUGGUGCUGGAGCGCGAGGGGCCGCGGUGCCGGCUGGUGCUGCCCUGCGCCCGGCCGCAGGACGCGGGAGAGUUCGUCUGCGACGUGGGCGGCGACUCCGUCUUCUACAACAUCACCGUGGCAGCCCCGCCGGCCCGCAUCACCCCGGUGCCCAAAGUCCGGCAGCUCCAGGAGGUGCUGGCGGGGCUGCCGGUGCUGCUGGAGUGCGAGGUGUCCCCGGAGGGAGCCCCCGUCCGCUGGCUGAAGGACGGCGAGGCCGUGGUGCCCUCCGAGACCCUGGCCAUCCAAUCGGAGAGAUGCUUGCGGAGGCUGCACGUCCCCGCAGCCGCACUGUCGGACUCUGGGACGUACACCUGCGAUGCCGGGGACGAUGCCGCCAGCUUCAGGCUGACUGUGAUCGAGGCGCCGGUGAGGAUCGUCAGCUCCAACGAGGGGGCCCCCCACGCCUACACGGCCGGGCAGCGCGUGGAGCUGUGGUGCCAGCUGUCCCGCGCCGAGGCCCCGGUGUGCUGGUACAAGGACGGGGAGGAGGUGGAGGCGGGCGAGAGCCUGGUGCUGGAGCGCGAGGGGCCGCGGUGCCGGCUGGUGCUGCCCUGCGCCCGGCCGCAGGACGCGGGAGAGUUCGUCUGCGAUGCUGGGGACACUUCUGUGUCCUACCACGUCGUGGUGGCAGAGCCGCGAGUCAGGAUCCUGCACCCCGCGCAGCGCUCGCUGGAGCUGCUGGUGCUGGCUCCGGGGCGCGUGGAGCUGCGGUGCGAGCUGUCCGUGCCCGACGCCCCCGUGCGCUGGUUCAAGGACGGGCUGGAGGUGGACGAGUCCGACAACCUGCGGCUGCUGGUGGAGGGCGCCCGGCGCUGCCUCCUCAUCCCCAGGAGCAGCGCGGAGGACACGGGCGAGUACAUCUGCGAGAGCAAGGACGAGGCCGUCUCCUUCGACGUCAAGGUGUCAGAGCCCCCGGUGAUGAUCCUGCAGCCACGGAGACCUCCCCCGGUUGUGAAGGCAUCCCCGGGGGACACGGUGACGCUGGCCUGCGAGCUGUCCCGCGCGGAUGCGCCUGUGCGCUGGGCCAAGGAGGGCGUCAGGCUGGAGGCUGGGGGCAGCCUGGUGCUGGAGGAGGAGGGUGCCCACCGGCGCCUGCUCAUCCCUGCUGCUCGAGCCGAGCACUCUGGAAAAUAUGCCUGCGAUGCUGGCGAUGACAUGGUGACCUUCACCGUCCAAGUGUCCGACCCCCCCGUCAGGAUUCUGGAGAGGGACGCGCUGCUGACCCGCCGGCGCUGCCGGGCCAUGGAGGACCUGGUGCUGGAGGUGCUCCUCUCGCACGCCCACGGGGAGGUGAAGUGGUACAAGGACGGGGAGAAGCUGCAGGACACGGGGCACGUGCGGCUGGAGGAGGACGGGGCGCGCCGCUCGCUCGUCGUCCUGGGUGCCACGGGCGGGGAUGCAGGGGAGUACCUCUGCGACACCCGUGACGACAGCAUCAUCUUCUGCGUCGCCGUGGAAGUGCCCAGGGUGGUGGAGAUCAUCGCGGAGCUGCACAGCCUGACGGUGCUGGAGGGGGACGACGCCACCUUCAAGUGCAUGGUGUCCCCCGAGGAUGUGGCCGUGGCGUGGCAGCUGAACGGGCAGCCCGUGGUCCCCAGCGAGCGGCUGCUGGUGGCCAGGAGCGGGCUGUGCCACAGCCUCACCGUCCGGCGGUGCCAGCCGGCCGACGCGGCCACCGUGACGGCCAACGCCGAGGGGCUGCUGAGCACGGCCCGGCUGAGUGUGCAAGAGGCGCAGGUGCUGUUCGUGCAGAAGCUGCGGGACGUGGUGGUGGAGGAGGAGCAGGAUGCGUGCCUGGAGGUGGAGGUGAGCCACGAGGCGGCCGAGGUGCAGUGGCUGAAGCAGGGCGUCCUCCUCCAGCCCAGCGGCAAGCACCAGCUGCAGGAGUCGGGGCGCCGGCGCACCCUCACCAUCCGCAGCGUCAGCCCCUCCGACCGCGGCACCUACCGCUGCGAGAGCCUGCAUGACCGCACGCAGGCCAAGCUCAGCGUGGAGCCCCGCAAGGUGUCGAUCCGGAGGCCGCUGGCAGACGUGGAGACCUUCGAGAAGGAGACAGCCACCUUCCUCCUGGAGCUGUCCCACGCCGGCGUGCCCGGGGUGUGGGCACGGGGCGGCGUGCGGGUGAAGCCCAGCGGCACGUGCCGGAUCAGCGCCACGGGCUGCGCGCACAGCCUGACGCUGGAGGGGCUCACGCUGCAGGACUCGGGCACCGUCACCUUCACCACCGACACCCUGCGCUGCAGCGCCCGCCUGCUCGUGCGGGAGCCUCCCAUCACCAUGCUGAAGCUCCCGCGGGAUCUGGGGGUCCCGGAGUCGGGGGUCGCCACCUUCGAGUGCGAGCUGUCUCGCCCCACCGCCGAGGUGAAGUGGCUCAAGGUGAGGCCUCACAGCCACCCCACCCAGGCUGACAGCAGCACCCUCAUCCCCCGGCCGGGGCUGCGGGCAGGGCAGGCGGGGGACACGCAGCCCCCCCGGCACCCCCUGACCCCGCUGCCCGCACAGGACGGCAGGGAGCUGCGGCCAGGGCCCCACUGCCGCAUCUACUCCGUGGGUCGGCGCCGCCUCCUGCAGCUUGGCCACUGCGAGCUGCCCGACGCCGGGGUCUACACCUGCGAUGCGGGCGACUGCCAGGCCUCCGCCACGCUGCACGUCCACGAGCACCAGGUCCGCGUGGUGCAGGAGCUGCAGGACGCCCGCGCGCGAGAGGGUGACAACGCCGUCUUCACGUGCGAGGUGUCCCACGGGGACGUGGCGGGCGAGUGGUUCCGCGACGGGGAGAAGAUCAAGGUGUCCAGCACGGUGAAGAUACGGCAAGAAGGGACCCGGCACUUCUUGCUGCUCUGCGCCGUGCGCCCCGAGGACGCGGGACGCAUCCGUUUUGCGGCCAGGACAGCCGCCUCGGAGGCCAGCCUGCAGGUGGAAGGUAGCUCGUGCGCGGGGUGGCCGGGCUCUAGCGCCGUGACGGUGACACGGUCGGCCCGUGGCGUCCCGAUGCUGAUGUCCCUGCCCCGCACGCCAGCGCUGCCCAUCAGGAUCGUGAAGCCGCUGCGGGACAAGACGGUGCUGGCGCGGCACAAGGCGACGCUGGAGUGCACGGUGUCGCACGCCCGGGGCCGCGUGCGCUGGCUGCGCGGGGACACCGAGAUCUUCGCCGGGGACAAGUACGAGAUCUGCAACCUGGACUGCUACCGCACGCUCAUCAUCCACCGCGUGGGCCCCGAGGAUGAGGACUCGUACACCUGCGACGCCUUCGAUGACCGCUCCACCGCGCGGCUCCUCGUGGAGGGAAGCUAG